UCCCCAUACGGUCUUCUUCCUUGUUUCACCUCCAUAUAAUCAGUAUCGACAACGUUUAAUACACCAGUCCCAUACACUCACCUUGCCCGCUUUGACUGCUGACGCUUUGACUUUCCAGCUACUGCUUGCACUUCAGAAUGUCGUCAGCUCCCUCCAACAAGUUUUUGCCCAGCCCAAAGACAGUCGCUAUCUUAGGAUGUCCCUUUAGUGGUGGUCAGCCAAAACUUGGCGUAGACAAAGGUCCUAUCCACCUCGUCCAGGCAGGGCUCAUCCAACAGGUCGAAGAACUCGGAUGGCGUGUUGUCUUUGAUGGGCACCACCAAUUUGAGGAUAUUUCUCCCCCAACCAAUGGCACCCCAGUUAAUGCCGCCAAUGACGCUGCUGUAGACCCAUUAAACGCAUCCAUUGCGAAGAUGAAAAGCCCCCUAUUCGUUGCACAGGUCUGCGAGAGUGUUGCAUCUGCCGUGCAAGCCCAUGCAGAGAUGGGGCAGCUACCCGUCACCCUUGGCGGAGAUCAUUCCUUAGCCAUGGGCACAAUCUCGGGCACCCUGAGAGCCUACGACCAAGCAUGUGUCAUCUGGAUAGACGCCCACGCAGAUAUAAACACGAUCCACUCUACCGACAGUGGAAAUAUCCACGGCAUGCCCCUAUCCUUUCUCCUCAAGCUCAACCCCCCUGCUCCAUCCCCAGACUCCGUCCUUGCGAAGUUCGACUGGGUCUCUCACCUCCCUGCUGAGCGUCUCGUUUACAUCGGCUUGCGGGACGUGGACAAGGGCGAAAAGGAAAUCUUGAAGCAACACAACAUCAAGGCGUUUAGCAUGCACGAGGUUGAUCGCUAUGGCAUCGGCAAAGUGGUUGAAAUGGCGCUCGACUAUGUCAACCCGCAAAGAGACCGUCCUAUUCACCUGAGUUUUGAUGUCGACGCGCUCGACCCGAGCGUUGCGCCGAGCACGGGGACACCGGUGCGCGGCGGGCUCACCUUCCGUGAAGGGCACUACAUCUGUGAGGCGAUUCACGAGACUGGAUUACUAGUCGCGCUUGACAUCAUGGAGGUUAACCCCGCGCUUGCGGACGCUGAGAGUGUACGCCAGACCGUCGCGGUGGGGUGCUCAUUGGUCCGAUCUGCUUUGGGUAAGUCGUCCAUCUGCUACGUUCGAUAUUUGCACGGUUUGUCCAUUAUUCUUGAAUCGAGAAACAUGGUCGAACGUGCACGGGGCGCUGCCUUUUCGGUGUCCGCGUGGACUACCUACAACGCGACUUAUCGAUGACGCUCAUUACUUGUUUGUUACACAGGCGAGACUCUUCUCUGAGUUGCGAGUGUUCUAAAUCAAUGUGGAUGUGAUAUGAACGUUCUGAUCUGUGGUAAGAAGAGAUUGGGUGUGUUGUUG